AUGGUGCAGCUCUCUCACGAGGACUACACGGUAGCAUGGAUAUCUGCCCUUCCUAUCGAAUUGGCCGCCGCGCAGGCCAUGCUCGACGACACCCACGAUUCUUUACCCAUCGCGCACCAUGAUAAGAAUACUUAUGCACUGGGACGAAUUGGAGCGCACAAUAUCGUCAUCGCUUGCUUGCCGGAUGGAAUACCCGGGAUUGCCUCGGCCGCAGUCGUGGCAAUGCAGCUGCUGGCCAGCUUUCCAUCCAUCCGGUUUGGCUUCAUGAUUGGGAUUGGAGGAGGGAUACCAAGCAAAGAUGUCGAUAUUCGGCUUGGCGAUGUUGUUGUUAGUCGGCCAACGGGUGACCAUGGAGGCGUGGUGCAGUAUGAUCUCGGCAAAGCCCUAACCGGCGGUCAUUUUCAGCGGACAGGAAUAUUGUCUCCGCCACCGCAGGUCCUCCUGACUGCGCUGGCCAAGAUUCGAGCGAACCAUAUGCUGCGGGGAAGUCAGAUCCAGACAUUCUUGGACGACAUGGUAGCCAGAUUCCCUCUUAUGGCACAAGGCUUCAGUCGGCCUGAGCAAUCAGAUCACCUCUUUCAGGCGGAAUACGCCCAUCGGCAGGGAAGAAGCACCUGUGCGGAUUGCGACCGGGCCCAAAGCGUACCCCGCUCGUCGCGCCCUGAUGGAGGGCCGCGUAUUCACUAUGGUCUGAUUGCGUCGGCAAAUCAAGUUGUCAAGGACUCUGCGUUGAGGGGCCGUUUGGGUCAGGAGCUUGGGGCUUACUGUGUGGAAAUGGAAGCCGCAGGCCUUUUGAAUAAUUUCCCGUGUUUGGUCAUUCGAGGCAUCUCAGACUACGCCGACUCACACAAGAAUGACGAAUGGCAAGGGUUUGCGGCGGCUGCGGCGGCAGCGUAUGCGAAAGAAUUGCUGGCCGUGGUCCAGCCGGAGAAAGUCUUGUUGACGCCGAUGGCAAAGGCCGCCGUGAAAGCAGAAUCUUUCCGUAUCCCUCUGGACUUGGCUACAGUUCCUGCAGUAGGCGGAUUUGUGGGACACGAAGCAGAGUUAGAUUCGCUAUGGGAUUUGCUCCAGCCGGAGGGUUCUCCCAUGCAAAAAAGAGCUAUCCUUCAUGGACUCGGCGGCAUUGGUAAAACCCAGCUGGCUGUCCAAUUUGCCAGGAUCCACAAAUUCGACUUCACAGCCAUCUUCUGGCUAAAUGGCAAGGAUGAGAAAACCUUAAUCCAAUCCUUGGCCUCGUUUCUCCCAAAGCUGCCAGGGAUUCAACUCACGCAGAGUGCUAAAAAUGAAAAGGAGAGGGAAGUGCACGCACGACAGGUUCUUGAGUGGUUAUCAGUGGAAGGAAACUUCAAAUGGCUGCUGAUAUUCGAUAAUGUUGACCAGUAUGCCCCAGCGCAAGCUGAAAACCGUGAAGGGUACGAUAUCAGCCACUACUUUCCGGUUGUAGACCAAGGAUCGAUUAUAAUCACCACUCGGCUUCCACAGCUCAGGGAUCUAGGCAAGCCACUCCCAGUCCGAGGGCUGUCUCUGGAAGAAGGGGUUCAGCUACUCUUGUACUCGUCUGGAAGCAUGACAAAGGAGGACACCGAAGCAACGAGUGUGAUAAAUGAAGACUCUAGAAAGCUUGCCAAUCGACUCAAUGGUCUACCGCUAGCUAUUGUUAUGGCUGGAUCUUUCAUCAGUCAGACCGGUGUCAGCUUUGCCAGAUACUUACAGCUCUAUGAGCAAUCGUUCAGUGAACUUCUGUCCGAGAUGUCGCCAUUACGCCACUACUCUCAGGGAGAUAUCCGAACAACCUGGAGGAUAUCUUAUCUCGAGAUUCAGAAACGAGAUGCGUCAGCGGCAAAUCUCUUACUGCUUAUCUCCGUUUUUCACAAUCGAGAUCUUUGGUUUGAGUUAGUUGAAAGCGGGCUGAACUAUGUUGAUGCUCCCCCGUGGUUUCGCCAAGUGGCCUCGAAUGCGUUUAAAUUCCUGAAGACGAUGAGGACUCUCAUUGAAUUCUCAUUGAUUGAGACAAAGGAGGACGGAAGCUACUCCAUGCAUCCUGUAGUUCAAGACUGGUGUCGACAUAUUCUCAGUGAGACGGGCGAGGAAACCAAGCUCACCAUGAAAGCAAUUGCUCUGGCCUCUGUGGGGUACACGGUGCCCUUACGCUCCGAAAGGCAGUACUGGCUUCUUCAGCAACGGCUUCUUCUUCACGCAGACCAGAUGGGUGAAGCAAUUACAAACGUGGCCGUCUUUGUCCAGGACCCUUCUCUGCUUAAAGCUAUUCAGCUAGUGGGAAAUCUCUAUUUUGACCAGGGCAAACUAAGAGACGCCGAAGCGAUGUAUCAGCAUGCAUUGACUGGUUUUAUGCAGGUUCUUGGGCCAGACCAUGCAUCUACACUUGGCGCGAUGCAUUCCCUUGGAAAUCUUUACAAUGACCAGGGAAGAUUUAAUGAAGCAGAGCAAUUAUACCAGAAAGCCUUGGCCGGAUACGAAAUCAAGCUCGGUCACGAACAUCCAGAUACCCUGACUACAAUUCAUUACCUGGGUGAUCUAUACAGGGACCAGGGUAAGCUGCAAACCGCUGAGCUGAUGUAUCAAAGGGCCCUGGUAGGUCGAGAGAAAAGACUAGGGCCAUGCGAUAUGAACACGCUGAGUACUGUUGGCUCUCUCGCAAAUACAUACAGGGACCUAGACAAGUUCGAUGAUGCUAGGAAGCUGUAUGAGCGAGCAUUGCGAGGUCAAGAGAAAGCCUUGGGCCCCGAUCACACGGCUACUUUGAGAACGGUCAGCAACCUUGGGGAACUAUACAGGAACCAGGGUUUACAUGACAAGGCGGAGGUGUUGUACAAACGAGCCCUGACAGGAUACGAGAAAUCUCUUGGAGCGAAACACGCACAUACCUUGACAGCUACCCUUAACCUAGGGGACCUCUACAAGGAUCAGGGAAAGCUAGAUGAAAGCGAGAAAAUAUACAACAGGGUACUGGCAGGAUACACGGAAGUAUUCGGACACGACCAUGUACAGACCCUUACUGCUAUCCAGAGCUUGGGAAACCUCUACUACACUCAAGGCAAACUAGAGGAUGCUGAGAAUAUGUACCAGCAGGCUCUGACUGGAUAUCGGAAUGCUCACGGGCCAGACCAUAUGGAUACAAUCGCGACCCUUCAUAAUCUCGGCAAUGUCUAUUCCGACCAAGGUGCGUUAGACGAGGCGGAAAACAUGUACCAGCAGGCCGUAACCGGGUACACGCACGCCUUGGGGCCAGCUCACACAUUUACCCUGACCAGCGUCCAAUGCCUUGGCGAACUUUAUAGUCAAAAAGGGAACCUGGAGCUGGCACAGACAAUGUAUCAGAGGGUGUUCCGCGAACGAGAAAGCAUCUUAGGUCCUACCCAUGCGGAUACCCUCGAAUCUCUAUCAUGUCUGGUGAAUGUGUACCUCAACCAGAAUAAGCUUGAAGAGGUUGAAGCUCUAUAUCGGGAGACGUUAACAGGCUACCAGGCUCUUAGCCCCAAUAAUAUUCACGCGAUGAACACGCUGCGCCGCCUUGGAGACCUCUAUUUUGAUCAAUGCAGGCUGAAGGACGCCCGUGGAGCUUAUCAACAAGCAUUUACUGGAUACACAGCUGCCUUGGGCCCAGUCCACCCUACCACGCUAUACGCCCUUCAAUGCUUGGGGAAUAUAUAUCUCGAUCAGGGGAAGCUGAAGGAGGCGGAAGAUAUAUUCCAGAAAGCCCUAACAGAGUUAAUGAAGGUUCUCGGUCCGCAGCACCCAGAGACACUGACCACUGUCCACUGCCUGGGGAAUCUCUACGGGGAUCAGGGCAGACUAGCAGAGGCAAAGAUGAUGUAUCAAAGGGCACUUACGGGCCGGGAGGAGCUUUUUGGUCCUGAUCAUCCAGACACUUUGACGACCGUUUGUCGCCUCGCAAACAUCUACAGGGAUCAGGGAAACCCAGAGGCCGAACCAAUGUUCCAGAGAGCCCUCGCAGGAUUCAACAAUAUUCGCGGCCCAGAUCAUCCUUCUACGCUGACCAUUUCCAGCCGUCUAGGUAGCCUCUAUAGAGAUCAGGGCAAGCUGAAAGAGGCGGAAGAAUUAUAUAUGCAGGCACUGUCAGGAUUUGAAAAGCGCUGUGGCCCAGAUCACAUAUCAACAUUGGCCACUGUUCAUUGCCUUGCAAAUCUGCAUAGACAGCUGGGAAGGCUAAAGGAGGCUGAAAGUCUAUACCAGAGGGCUCUAGUGGGGAGAGAGAAAGUCCUUGGUCCGGACCAUAUAGUAACUCUGUCAACGGUCAACAAUUUGGGAAACUUAUACCGGGAUCAAAAGAGGCUAAAAGAGGCAGAGAAAAUGUAUAAGAGGGCAGCUGCCGGGAGAGCAAAAACACUGGGCGCAGACCAUAGAGAUACCAAGGCCAGUGUUGGCAAUUUGGAGAGCUUACGCAAAGAUCAGCAGCGGAGAAGGAUAUUUCUGGUUUUUGCAUUGGCCGGGCUCUUGCUUGCCGUUCUUCUUCCAUGGCUUUUUGGUAUAUAUUAA